UCCCACCGUCUUCCUGCGCUUUCAAAUGCAACAGGAAGCAGGAGCCUGUUGUUAGCUGCAGAACCAAAGCCCAAAGAUGCAGCUAGCGCUCAGUAAGACGUUCGGCCAGAAGCCGGUCAAGUUCCAGCUGGAAGACGAUGGGGAUUUCUACAUGGUGGGAUCCGAGGUUGGGAACUACCUCCGGAUGUUCAGAGGCUCCCUGUAUAAACGCUAUCCAUCCCUAUGGAGGAGGCUGGCUUCUGUGGAGGAGAGGAAAAAAAUCAUGGCCUCCUCACAUGCCACCAGCGUGACUCUGCUGAAGGCGUCAGAGUGUGAGGAAAUCUUUGAUGGAAACGAUGAGAAAUACAAAGCAGUUUCUAUCAACACAGAGCCCCCGGCGUACCUCAGGGAGCAGAAAGUAAAGAGAAGCAGUCAGUGGGUUCCCACAUUGCCCAGCAGCUCGCACCAUCUGGAUGCUGUUCCUUCAUCCACCGCCAUCAACCGCAACAGGAUGGGCCGCGACAAGAAGAGGACUUUCCCUCUGUGCUUUGACGACCACGACCCUGCAGUCAUCCAUGAAAACGCAGCCCAGUUGGAGGCGCUGGUCCCCAUCCGCCUGGACAUGGAGAUCGACGGACAGAAGCUCCGAGACGCCUUCACGUGGAACAUGAACGAGAAGCUGAUGACCCCCGAGAUGUUUGCAGAAAUACUGUGCGAUGACUUGGACCUCAAUCCGCUGGCUUUUGUCCCCGCCAUCGCCUCAGCUAUCCGUCAGCAGAUCGAGUCUUACCCCUCGGAGGGCAUGUUUGAGGAGCAGGCAGAUCAGAGAGUCAUCAUCAAGCUCAACAUCCAUGUGGGAAACAUUUCUCUGGUGGACCAGUUUGAGUGGGACAUGUCUGAGAGGGAGAACUCUCCAGAGUCUUUCGCUCUGAAGCUGUGCUCCGAGCUGGGUCUUGGUGGAGAGUUCGUCACCACCAUUGCCUACAGCAUUCGUGGUCAGCUCAGCUGGCACCAGAGGACGUAUGCUUUCAGCGAGAACCCGCUUCCUACUGUAGAAAUCGCCAUCCGUAACACCGGAGAUGCGGACCAGUGGUGCCCCCUGCUGGAGACCCUCACAGAUGCCGAAAUGGAAAAGAAGAUCCGAGAUCAAGACAGGAACACGAGACGCAUGAGACGGCUGGCCAACACCGCCCCCUCCUGGUAGCGCGAAAUCAACAGAUGCUUCAGGAUCCUAGCAGCCCAGAGUGUCCUCGACCUCUGAAACCAUCAAUGAUGUUUUUAGCAAAUUCCACUCUUAUCUUCUGAUAUCCUGGACAUCCAUCUUCCUCUGCUGGAAACAGCUGACAUUCCUCUGCACACAGGGACGUGUUUGUAGCUCAGCAGCCACUGCAGCAGCUCGUAUGGUCAUAUCUAUCAGCUUGAUAGGAAAAUACACAUUACACGUAUUAAUUCCAGGACUAUUUUGGUACACAUUAUUUUGUUGUAACGCCGCUGUUUUAAUUGUAGUUAUUUUAAUGCGGUUUAAUGAGGAUUGGGAGCCCAGAUUACCAGCGUCGAUGCGACUCUGGCGCUGGUCACAAGUUAAAGCUCCUCCAUGAUCUUCCUACAACCGAACAUUUCACGCUAUAAUCACUAUUUACCGGAGAAGAUCUGUUACUCCUGUUAGUAGCAAAUGUUCCCACUCGACAUUAUUCACACAUGAAGUUUGAUUUCCAUGUGAAGAUCUGGACCAAAUCUGGCCUUGCAGUGUUUUCCUUUUUUUUUUUUUUUUUUGCACACUUGUUACGCCAUCAUGUUUUUGAAAAAGACAUGCCAGUGUUACACAUGGAAAACCUGAAUAAACGCAAAAUCUUUGA